AUGUCAACAAAAGCGACGGCGGCGGCCACAGAGGCCGUUGCCAAGGCCGGACCGAGUUUCCGCGUCGGCCAGAAACAAGUCUUCCUCCCCUCACACGUUAUCAAGAUGCUGCCGCCGAGGCGCAUCUUCUCGCCAUACUUUGCCACGUUCCAGGUGCCGCUGCGCUUCAACAAGCUCGACCUUCGUGACUACCUUUACCACGCAUACGGUGUGGAGGUGCGCGCAGUGCGCUCCUGGCUAACGCCACAGAUCCCGCGGCGCCGCUACGUGGAGAUGCAGGACGACGACAAUACACGAGACAUUGUGGCGGUUGGCAAGGGCCAGUGGUACCGCCCGCAACCGAUCAAGCGCAUGAUGGUGGAGCUGGUCAAGCCGUUUGCGUUCCCAGAGCCGCCGGCCGUGCCGACAAAGGAGCAGCUGGGCACGGAGGACGAUCCGCGCAAGGACUGGGACUACGACAUGAACAAGCGGCUGGUGGCGCAGCAAAAAGCGCAAGAGGACGACCAGCAGCGCAUGAUGCACGAGCGCAAGUUCUUGCUCCGCGGGGAGGCCGACCACGUGCCGGCAUUCCGGGUCGGACUGGCACGGCAAGCACGCGAGCUAGUGACAGGCGAGCGGAAGUGGCGCAACGACGUGGAGCUGGACGAGCGGUGGGAGACGGUUGUGGAGGAGGACAGCAAGCCGGCGAGCAGCGACAACAAGCGAUCAUGA